UCUGUGCACAGAAAAGUAACCGAGCUGCAGCUUUCUGCUCCGUUGUAUUUGAUGCUCAUACAUCAAGCAGAGGGUGAAGAACAGAUGGAAAAGUACGAGCAACUCCCUAAUGAUACAUAUUCGUGGGACGAGGGAGAUUCCUUUGCUCCCUGCGAAUUGAUCGUGCCUGGAUUCAAUUCCCUGGGUCUGCUGAUUGUCUACAUGAUUGUGUUUGUCAUCAGCCUCAUGGGCAACAGCGUGGUCGUGUAUGUGGUGUGUAGCAUGAGGAAAACCACCACAGAGGUCUACUUGUUGCACCUGGCGUUGGCAGACCUGCUCUUCUGUCUGACCCUCCCUUUCUGGGCCGUUGAUGUUCACUAUGGUUGGAUCUUCGGCGGAUUCUUGUGCAAGCUCCUCUCGGGCUUCCAGGAAGCGUCGGUGUACAGCGGCGUCUUCCUGCUGGCGUGCAUCAGCGUGGACCGUUACUUCGCCAUCGUGAGAGCCACUCGGGUCUCGUCCUCCCAUCACCUGCAGGUGAGGGUGAUCUGCGGCGUGGUGUGGCUGGUGGCCGUCGGCCUGUCCCUACCAGCGAUGAUUAAGAGGGAGAGCAUGUACGACGACGACCUGGGUCAGUACAUCUGCUAUGACAACGUAACCGCCAAGAGCAGUGACCACUGGAGGGUGAGCGUGCGCAUCCUGCAGCACUCCGUGGGCUUCUUCCUGCCAUUGCUGGUGAUGGCUGUGUGCUACGGCUGGACCGUGGCAACACUCUUUCAGACGCGCAAUCAGCAAAAGCACAAGGCCAUGUGCGUCAUCCUGGCCGUAGUGCUGGCUUUCAUCCUCUGCUGGCUGCCCUACAACGUCACCAUCUUGAUCGACACGCUCAUGAGGCGAGAGUGGCUGUGUGAGACCCAGUAUGUGGUGGAGAUGGUUCUGAACGUGACCAAGCUGGUGGCCUUCAUGCACUGCGCAGUCAACCCGGUGCUGUACGCCUUCAUUGGCGAGAAGUUUCGAAGGCAGCUGGCCUUGGCUCUUUCCAAAUGUGGCCUCUGCCAGAGGUUUCAGGCAGCGAGCAGGAGGAGCAGCGCCGGGAGCGUCAGAUCCAGGAACUCCUCGGUGUUGGUCUGAUGGAGGAGCUCCGUCCACUCCAGCGGUGGUUGCUUUUAUCAGUGUGAGUCAAUGUUUAUAACUGAAGGUACUGUAAGUAACUCCAGACAUAAAUUCAAGUUCCCACUGAGAAGCUAACCUUGAAACAACUGAUAGCCUCCUCCCAGUACAGUAUUUGAUUUUUUAAAAAAGUAAUGUUGAAAUUAUUUGGACAGAAAAUUAGGCUGUCGGAAUUUAUCAUAUUAAUUGCAAUUAAUUAAUGCAGGGCUGUCAAAGAUUUUUUUUUUAAAUCACAUUAAUCGUGUAAUUAGAGUUAGUGCUUUAGAGAUUGGUUCAACUGAUAAUUUGGACUGAUGAACAAUUUGCGAUAUGGGCUGAAAACGGCUUCAAAAUGCAAAACGACAGAAUUUUAAACAUGAAAUUCAAAGCAAUAUAGCAGAUUCAACAACCAUGAACUUAACUGGUUUGCAAAAUGUUUUUACUUUUCUUUAAAUUUUCCUACUGUUGAUAAACUGUUUUCUUUGAUGACUUAUUCACGAAAACAUAUCAAUUGUUGUCUAUUUUGUGUGUGUGUGUGCCUGUUUAUUUCUGCUAGUUUGGCUUUUUUGUGCGUUUGGUGGAUUCAGAUUAUGUUACCCCGAGUAAGUGGAAAUUUUGUGAUAACAAUUAUAAAUGCAUUGAUGUAUUUUCACUCUUGUUUUAAUUUUGUUUUCAGGUUUACACAAGUAAUGCAUGAAAACUUGUCUUUCUGUGAUCACUUAUGCCCGUCCGAAUUUGGGCUUUGUUUGAUUGAAAUGCUGUCAAAGUCAGUAAUGAUAAAAGAAAUAAAAAGACAAAUCCUGAUAUCGGUCCUCAAAAGGCUCCAGUCUGACCCACCGAGCCUCCAGGCAAAUUUUAAAGAUUUAAAAGAAGACAGAUUUUUUUUUAAAGAGAUUUAUUUAUAGAGAGAGGAACACAGCACAACACCUGAGCUGAGGUAUCAGGGAUGCUGCCAUGAAAAGUAACUCACUACAACCAAACCAGCCCCAAAGCCACGCUGUCAGAGUGAGUUUGUAAAAUGAUCUAACAUCAAUAGGAUUUUUUAAAAAUAUUUUUUGGAUAUUUCACUGUAUUUUGUACCAGAAGAUUUCAAUAA